AAGGGAACACGGUGGAUUUCUGAAUGACAGCGUCUUCUAUCUUUUUGAGGACAUCUGUGCAAUAUUAUGGCGCGGGGAUCUGAUUUGGCGCUUCUGGACUGCCCCUGACGUUUUAUUUUAUUUUGCGUCUCUUCAUCUUUUACGCAUUCCUUCACAAGUGAAUAAUGACUGACGUUUGUCUUUGACUGGCGUGUCCUUCAAUGAAAACACUCACUACUGAUUAACUCGGCUUGGGAAAUCAACGCGAGAGUUCAGUGUCAGGGCUUAUCCUCGCACAGAGCCUCUCCAAACGCUACUGCGGGCCCCGUCGUGUCAUGAUGACUGGAGAGCGCGUUAGUGCAGUGGGAGAAGAGGAGCCGUAUUGAUCCAUGGCGGGCUAUGCAGCAGCGGUGCAGCUCAUCUAAACUCCCCCCAACCCUGUCAGAGCGCAGCCACUGCGCACAGCCAACGGCACCAGCCCGAGAGUCCCACAUGCACACACGCAGACACGCACGCGGACGGGACGGGGGGACCCUAUAUAAGUGCUGCAGCUGUCAGGUGGAGGACACUGCCUGCCUUUGCGUAAGGGAGCACGCACGUCAUUGGGAUUCCUGACUCAUAGACCCUCACUCAAUAACCAUGUCUUGGGGAUACGCACCACAUAACGGACCAGACAAAUGGGCCGACAACUUUCCGAUCGCCAAUGGACCACGGCAGUCUCCCAUUGACAUCGUGCCCGGGCAGGCAUCCUACGACCCCGGCCUGAAGCCCCUCAACAUCAACUACGACCCCUCCACCUGCAUGGACAUCCUUAACAACGGACAUUCCUUCCAAGUGACCUUCACAGACGACACAGACAGCUCAACUCUUCGCGAUGGACCCAUCUCAGGAGUCUACAGGCUGAAGCAGUUUCACUUCCACUGGGGGGCCUCUGAUGACAGGGGCUCUGAACACACGGUGGCUGGGACCAAGUUUCCUGCUGAGCUCCAUCUUGUGCACUGGAACACCAAAUACCCAAGCUUUGGGGAUGCCGCUAGCAAACCUGAUGGACUUGCUGUGGUUGGAGUUUUCCUGAAGGCUGGAGAUGACAACCCCAACCUCCAGAAAGUACUUGACUCCUUCAGUGCCAUCAAGACCAAAGGCAAGCAGACCUCCUUUCCUGGCUUUGACCCUUCCAUCCUCCUGCCUGGGUCUCUGGACUACUGGACGUACGAUGGCUCUCUGACCACGCCCCCUCUGCUGGAGAGUGUGACCUGGAUCGUCUGUAAGGAACCAAUCAGCGUGAGCUCUGGGCAGAUGUCCCAAUUCCGCAGCCUGCUCUUCACGCCCGAAGGUGAGGCCGAGUGCUGCAUGGUGGACAACUACAGGCCCCCCCAGCCGCUCAAGGGCCGCCCCGUUCGUGCUUCCUUCCAGUAAUGCCCCUCCCCCAUCACGACCCCCAUUCUGCCCCAAUGCCCUCACCCUUCCCCCUUUUGCCCUUUGACAGUUGCAGUGAGCACCCGUCCAUUUUUAAACAACUUCUGCACUGAGAUUAAUUAAUGAGGAGGAGUAUCCUAUUUUAUCCAACCAAAAAGAGACAACUUAAUAUUGGGCUGUUACAUUGUUUCAAGCCACAUCAAAUCAGAGAAACUUAGGCUAGCACUAGCACUGGUAAUGUCUAUAGUCAAAUGGCGGUUUGGUAAUGCAGCGUAAUGAUACUAUUGCAAAGCGGGCAUGAAAGAGUACACGCCAUCAAAAUGCAAAAAUGCGAGCUUACAGAUAAACUGUACGCUUUAGCCAUAUGGCAUUUGUUAGCUAAGUAGCUUGGGUUUGUUGACAAAGUUUGAUUUUGUUCAAUAUUUUUGUUUUGGGAAAAUUGUACUCAAAAGAAUCAGUUACGCUAAGUUGCAACACCAACUACUAAAAAAAAUGGUACUUCUCCUUUAAAGAAUUGAUAUAACAUCUGCCAUCCUUGGAUUAUACUGUUUUGUGCCAAUCUCUUAAGCCAUAAGAAAAGGGCUUGUCGUUCCUUACAUUUUAAACCAAGAACAUUUGUGUGUUAUUUUAAAUGGUGCUUAGUCGUGAGCUAGCUUGGAGCAAAAAGCACAAGCAAGCUGCCUGGUGCGGAGGGAUGGGACCACAGUAGGACCAUCUGUGAAGUGCAGGGUACAGAUACAAAGUCCUCCGUCCUCCCGUCGCCCCUUCCACUCUGAACGUAAUCUGUCCAAUGUGGUGACAGCGGCUUAGUAAAAUGUUCUGGACCACCCCCAUCACCACCAAAUGAGUCCGAAAUCCCCCUCUGGCUUUUACACAUAACAUCACUGUAAGAGCACACACUAGUAUCGGCACUGACCUGCUUAUUGAUUCACAGAGUUCAUAGGGACAGUGGCUUGUGCAUUCACCAGGAAAAUUAUUGCUUUUUGUUUCAAUUGUUUAAAAUGCAUGUGUAGGUGGAUUAUGUGUGUUUUUUCUGAUAAGUCUGAUGCACAGCUUGGCUACAUUCCAUCAUGCAAUGGAUUCAUUUAAAUACCAUAAUGAAAAUAUUAAAAAUAAUAAUAAUAAAACAUUUAUCAUGCAAUUGAAAUUACAGCUAUAUACCAAUUAUUAUGAGAUGAAUACAUUUUUGGUGUGCAUUUAGCCAGGCCUGCGACGUUAAGUCUUAAGUCAUUCUGUACAAAAAUGAAUAAUUUUGAUACUCUGGUAUGCAAUAUACAUGAAUGAAACUGCAUUUUAAUAUUUUUACAAAUUCAGCAUGUUGAUGCUUUAAACUGCAAGCGUCUGGUAAGCUAUGCCAUAGAUUGGUCAGCAAAAAACUGCUAGAAUAUAUAGCCAAGGAAGAGAAACCUGCCAACAGAUAAGUCCCUGCAGAGGAGAAUCAUUAACAAAGUGUGUUCGCAUUGUAAAGGGUCUCCGUUAGCACUUGAGCAAAAAUGCAAGAGUGGUUCAAAAUUGCAGUAUGUAUUUACGUUACGAUUGUAAUGAACUCAAAUGGAUUAUGGAAACGCCUUAUGCCAGUCACUUUUUGAACUUGUCCAGCACAAUGUGUUGUGUUGUUGUGGACUUUUUAGUAGUAAUAAAUAUAUUUUAUGAAAAAAUA